AUAUUGGUGAUGGGGAAAUACUUCAGGAAACAGUUACUGGAGUCUGUACAUAGGGGUGCUUUUGAGCUGGCUUAUGCAGGUUUUGUCAAAAUGGCGGACAUGCUCUGGAGGAGUAACAUCCAGGAGCUUCAUGAGUUGCCACGGAGAUGGCUUAAGGAAGUAAUGGUGGACAUUCAAGCAGACGACCCUGACUCCAAGUUGUGCUCUACUCGUAGGAGUGCCGGGGUGCCCUUCUACAUCCAGACAUUAGUCACCACUGAGCCCACCAGUACCGGUAGGUCCUGUUUUAAACAGGCAAUGACUGAUCUCCUACAGAUGGCGCUGUUAGACAGUACAGGACUGGAGUCUGCCUCCAAUCCACAG